AUGACCGACUACGGCUACGGCAUGGGCGACGAGGAGCUGGCCGAAAUCAGAAAGCUCGAAGCCGAAGUGCAAGCCAGUCCAGACGAGUUCGAGAACUGGGAAAAGUUAGUGCGCGCGGUAGAAGGUCUCGAAGGCGGCUUGAACAGAAACUCGAGUCCCCAGGCCAUCACGGCGGCCAGAAGCAUCCACGACCGCUUUCUUGCAAAGUUCCCGCUGUUCUUUGGAUACUGGAAGAAGUAUGCCGACCUGGAGUUUGCCAUUGCUGGCACCGAGGCGGCCGAGAUGGUCUACGAACGCGGUGUGGCCAGUAUUGGCAUCUCGGUCGACCUAUGGGCCAACUACUGCAGUUUCAAGGUCGAGACGACGCACGACGACACCAUCAUUCGAGAGUUGUUUGAAAGAGGUGCUUCAUGUGUCGGACUGGACUUCCUAGCCCAUCCCUUCUGGGACAAGUACAUUGAGUUCGAAGAGCGACUCGAGGCCCAGGACAACGUCUUUGACAUUCUCGGUCGCAUCAUCAACAUCCCCAUGCACCAGUAUGCUCGCUACUUUGAAAAGUACCGCCAACUGGCAGCCUCCCGCCCCUUGACCGAACUCGCUCCCGCAAACCUCCUCAGCCAGUUCACCGCCGAGCUCGAGCCUGAGACCAAGGGCAAGAGCCAGAUUGAAGUCGAACGUGCAAUGCGCGCUCGUCUAGACACAUAUCACCUCGAACUCUUCCACAACACUCAAACCGAGACCACCAAGCGCUGGACCUACGAACAAGAAAUCAAGCGUCCCUACUUCCACGUUACCGAACUCGACGAAGCGCAGCUCGAGAACUGGUCAAAGUACCUCGACUUCGAAGAGACCGAGGCCGACUAUACCCGCACAUCUUUCCUUUACGAGCGUUGUGUCGUCACCUGUGCUCACUACGACGAAUUCUGGCAGAGAUACGCUCGCUGGAUGUACAACCAGGACGGCAAAGAGGAGGAAGUUCGCAACAUUUUCCAGCGUGCCAGCUGCAUCUAUACUCCCAUCGCCAGACCUGCCGUUCGUCUCCACUGGGCACUCUUUGAAGAAGCCUGCGGUAGACCGUCUGUUGCUGCUGCAAUUUACGAAGCCAUUCUUGUCACCUUGCCUGGCAACCUUGAGGCCAUCACUCGCCUGGCCAAUCUUCAACGUCGUCAAGUCGAUUACGAUGCAGCUGUCCAGAUCUAUGAUCAAUACGUCGCCGACGCCGAGUGCUCGAUUGAUGACAAGGGUGCACUUGUCGUUGAGAUGGCCCGCUUGACCUGGAAAUCAAAGGGCGAUGCUGUCGAAGCACGCGAUAUUCUGUCACGCCAACAGCACAUCUUCCUCGAUAGCCCAUCCUUCUGGUUAGGCUAUCUAAGCUUCGAGAUCGACCAGCCAACGACUUUGGACACUGCAGCCGAACAAGCCGAGCGCGUCAAGGCGCUUCAUAGCACCAUUCGCCACAAGACCCGCCUGAACGUUGAUGCCAUCAGGGAUCUUUCUCAGAGAUACAUGGUUUACCUGACCGAGAAGCAGAGCAAACUCGCAGCCAGAGAGUACCUCGAGUUGGACAUGCAAGUCAAUGGCCCUGCAUCGAUCGCCGCAGCUGUAAACGCUACUGGCGCCAAAGGAGUGGCUGCUUAG